AGUGUAUCUUACUGAGCAUUUAUUCUGUUCAGCUAUUUUGCGUCAACCACAAACCAAGUCUGAUGGCUUGUGGUGCUGUCCAUGGUGCUGAAAUGAAGAUCACUUACUUACAUGACCCUGUAAUAAACUGCAACCUUUGAUGUUUUCUUUUGAUUUAAAGACAGUUUACGGACACUUUGUAUCAAAUAUACUAUGACAGAGUACUAUGGCUGAAGUCGCUUUAGUCGGAGCUCUCACUGUAGAUAUUUCAAAUGACCACAAGGCGACAGUGUAGACCAUAACACGAAGACUUCUGUUUUCGUAUUUAACGCCCCUCCUAGAGACAGUUCACGGAGCUUUGUAACAAAGAGACAUACGAGGAGAGGGCACAGUGCGACAGCCGCCUUUCUGGUCUCGACUGAAAAGAAACAACAUAGAUGAUAAAUAUACCGUCUUUGUCGCGAUUGUUUUAUAACAACUGGCAGCUUUGAAUAUCUGCAUUGUCUACGACAGAAGGAAUGAUGCCUUUACCGAGUAGUAAGUGUUCUGUCUGGAUACAUUUAAUGCUUCUGAUACUGGAUUAUUUCUGGGAUGCAGCGUCUGGGCAGCUCUCUUACUCCGUCUCGGAGGAGGUGAAUUUGGGGACAUUUGUUGGAAAUAUCGCGAAGGAUUUGCACUUAAACGUGCAGGAUUUGGAAUCCCGCAUGUUCAGGCUUGUUGCUGGAUCAAAGAAAAAGUAUUUCGAGGUAAAUACGAAGACUGGUAUCCUCUACGUUAGUGAGAAAAUAGACAGAGAGGAGCUCUGCGUGAAAGCACUAAAAUGUACUGUUAACGUCGAGGCUGUUAUAAAUGAUCCUCUAAAGCUCUACCGAAUAGAAAUUAAUAUUCUCGAUGUCAACGAUAAUUUCCCGUAUUUCAUUGCAAAGUCACAAAGCAUAGACAUAGCAGAAAGCACCUUACCCGGGAUAAAAUUUCCUCUCCUGCAAGCUUACGAUGCAGAUGUAGGGAAGAAUGGCAUAAACACAUACAAGCUCAGCUCCAAUGAACAUUUUUUAUUAGCAGUAAGCAAGGCGGGAGAGAGUAUUUCUACUGAGUUAGUGUUACAGAAAGCGUUAGACAGAGAGAAAGAGUCGCUGGUCACGCUUACUUUAACAGCGUUAGAUGAUGGAAGUCCACCAAAGUCUGGUACUUCAGAUAUUGUAAUCAAUGUUUUAGACAAUAAUGAUAACACGCCAGUGUUCGCGCAGUCCUUGUACAAAACUCGUGUGUUUGAAAACGUGCCAAUCGGCACCACUCUAUUGACUUUAAAUGCUACAGACGCAGACGAAGGAACAAACAAAGAAAUCGUAUACACACUUAGCACAAAGGAGCAGGAUCAUAUAUUGCAGAUUUUUAGAAUCGACCCAAACACGGGCACACUGACAGUUGAAGGAAAUGUGGACUUUGAAGAACACCCUGCGUUUGAGAUACGUGCACAGGCCAGUGACAAAGGCCAGCCUCCGAUGUCUGCUCAUUGUAAGGUGCUGGUAGAAGUGGUGGACCUGAACGACAAUGCUCCUGAGAUCACUGUGACGUCAUUACUGAACACAGUGAAGGAGGACGCUAAAGUAGGUACUGCUAUAGCACUAGUCUCUGUACUGGACAGAGACGGAGGGAAGAAUGGCGAAGUACAUUGUACGAUAGAUGAUAAAAGUCCAUUUAAAUUGGACACAAACUACAAAAACUAUUAUUCGUUAGUAGUUGAUGGGUCCCUAGACCGAGAAACCAUCUCUCAAUAUAAUGUCACCAUACUAGCAAGUGAUGGAGGCAACCCUUCUCUCUCCAGCACCAAUAUUAUUACUAUUCACGUUUCCGAUGUAAAUGACAAUGCACCUCGCUUCUCAUCGCCAGACAUUAACAUUUAUGUAAAGGAGAACAGCCCAGUAGGAACAGUUAUCAAGAGAGUAUCCGCAAUGGAUGCUGACGCAAAUGAAAAUGGCCAGGCGAGUUAUUCUUUUUUAGAAAGUAACACUAACUCAGUCCCGCUAUCUACAAUGCUGAAUAUCAACUCAGAGACAGGAGAUAUAAUCACCCUGCAAUCUUUUAACUACGAGGAGUUAAAAACGUUUCAGUUUAAAGUUCAGGCCACAGACUCUGGUGUUCCUCCGCUCAGCAGCAACGUGACUGUGAACGUUUUAAUUCUGGAUGAAAAUGACAAUAAUCCAACAAUUCUCGCGCCUUAUUCUGAGCACGGCUCCGUUAACAGUGAGAGCAUCCCUUAUUCUGCUGAAGCGGGAUACUUUGUGGCAAAGAUCAGGGCUGUAGACGCAGACUCUGGAUACAAUGCGCUGCUUUCUUAUCACCUGUCCGAGCCUAAAGGAAACAACCUCUUCCGGAUCGGAACCAGCACCGGAGAAAUCAGGACUAAGAGGAGAAUGAGUGACAAUGACCUGAAAGCUCACCCCUUGGUCGUGUUGGUUUCUGAUAGUGGAGAACCCUCUCUGUCAGCUACUGUGUCUAUUGAUGUGAUGGUGGUUGAAAGCACAGCUGACAUCCAGACUAAUUUCAGACGUGUGCCCAUAAAGGAGGAGAGCUUCUCUGAUUUAAACCUGUAUCUGCUGAUCGGCAUUGUGUCGGUGUCAGUGAUCUUUCUGCUGAGCCUCAUCAGUUUAAUAGCUGUCAAAUGCCACAGGACAGACGGCGAUUUCAGCAGGUACAGCGCCCCCAUGAUCACCACCCACCCUGACGGGAGCUGGUCUUACUCUAAAGCUACUCAGCAGUAUGACGUGUGUUUCAGCUCAGACACGCUGAAGAGUGACGUAGUGGUUUUCCCCGCACCGUUUCCGCCUGUAGAUGCUGAACUCAUCAGUAUUAACGGAGGAGACACUUUUACACGGACUCAGACUUUGCCAAAUAAAGAAAAGGUAAGAGAAUAGUUCUAACAAGUACUUCUUGCACGUUUUGUCGAAAUACAAUUAGUUAAGAUAAAGCACAGCUUUAUUUACGUCAUUAAAUAGCUGUGUGUUGUGCAGUGUCAAGAAGACGUAAUUGUAUUUAUACUGACUCUCCAUUCCAUUUAACGUGAAAAGAAUAUGAUGUAAAAUAAUUUAAUGUGACUGACUUUGUAGUUAGAUAUUGUAAACUGCAGCUUGCUGUUC